CAGUUUGGGUCGUGAACACCAUUGCCGCAGAAGCUCAUCGUCGUCAAUGAUUAUAUCCAUACACAAAUGCUUUUGCUCAGGUGACACCAUGUGGGUUCGCAUGCGACACGCCCUGUACGGGACAGAAAUUUUAAUAGUUAUUUUAUUACUGGGUACAUGUCGUUUAUCAUUGGGUCAAUCGCACAGAUGGGUCGUCUCUUACUCAGACUGCAGCACUACAUGCGGAGGGGGUACCCAGGUCCGUCACGACCAAUGCUUCACGACAAGCAGCCCAUCCAAAAUGGCUCCCGAUAGCUACUGCAGCACUGUACCCCAGCCCUCUGAGCCGCCUGUUCGCUCAUGCAGUACACAACCAUGCACAAUGUGUGAUCGUAUAUACACCACUCUCAGUGGAAGUCUGUCGUCACCGUACUGGCCAGACAAAUAUUCUAUUCCAAGAUACUGUCGUCUUAUGAUUGAUAUCGAACCUGAAAAGCGGAUCCUGUUGGCUUUUCAAGAGUUUACGCUCGACGGUUUGGAUCUAUUUCACCCGGCGAGGACGGAGACAGACGUCUGCCUGUGUGGUGUGCUGGUGGAGGUACGAGACGAUGGCAGCCGCUUGAACCGUUACUGCGGGACCAAGAAGCCGUUUGCGUGGCUCUCCGAGACGGACAAAGUAACAGUAGAAUUCAUCACCCCGUAUUCUCUCGUCUUUAAUCGUUUCAUCGCAUCCUAUACCACAAUCAAUAAAAAGACAUCUUGCUAUCAGUUUAUCGACCUCACUGGCUUCGCAGAAGAUGAAAAGACCGGCGUGCCGGUGCCUCAAGAGGGCUUCAUUCACUCGUUGAACUUCCCAAAUGCUUAUCCCGACAACCAGAACUGCGAGUAUGUCCUACAUGCGAAUCCGGAGCAUCGCAUCGUCCUUUACUUUGACGAGUUUGAAUUGGAACCCGGUCCGACUUGCGAUGCGGACUAUGUCAAGAUUGAGGAUUGUUAUAGCCGGCGUUCUAACGUCUACUGUGGCAAGCAUCAUCCUUUCUCAUGGCUCUCGGAUAGUAACGAGAUCUGGAUCACCUUCAGAACCAACGGCAACCAGGUCUACUCUGGCUUCCUUCUGGCUUAUGAACUCAUGGACAGGGAAUCUGCCAACACCAUCGUGCUGGAAGACGACUCUGGUUCCUUCACGUCACCAGGUUACCCACUCAUUUACCACUCCGACAAGUCGGUGGAGUACAUCGUCCGUACCGACCCUCGCAACCUCCUUGUCAUAACCUUCCAUGACUUCCAGCUUGAGAGGGACGACUACGGCGCCCCUCUGCCUCUUCAAAUCGUUAAGAGGAGCACACUCAACGAGUACCAGAACCACUAUGGCGAUCCCUAUUCUCAAUGCGUUGAUUAUGUCAAGAUUAUUGACAUUUACGAUAACCACGUGGAAACGUACUGUGGGCGGAUCCCGGUGUUUAGCUAUAUCUCGCGCAGCAACGAGCUCCUGAUCCAGUUCAAGACCGACUCAAGCAUGAACUACCGAGGAUUCAAUGCGUCUUACAGGGCCAUCCCAAGGAGGGUUCCAAAUGAUUGGGAACUUCUGUACAGAGUUGCGAGAGGCGGGGAAACCGAAGCGGUCAACAAAUUCCUCUUUGAAGACCGGGGCUACAACGAGUUCAACCCCAACGCAAAGGCAACCACUAUAACACGUUCUCGGGCAACCUAUAAACAUUCGGACGUCCCUGAUUGGGCUAGCAUUGGGAUCAGGAGGGUUAAGGUUGAUGUCUUCAAUGCUGGUAGCAUCAUCGCAAGUUUCCGCUUCGAUGGCCAGGCCUCCAAUCUCAGCAACUGGUUUGAAUGUGAGAGAAUGAUCUACAGCAGUUACAAUGACCUCAACUCCUUGUCUUGCAGUCAACUGUUCUUUGGUCUCCCCUUAGGUGCAGGAGAUGUGCAGGAGUUUGAAAUCAGAACAUUUAAUUCUUCAGCGGGCUGUGAUAGUGACCCCAGUCAUCGAGUAUGGCUCGAUCUGCAAGACGUUGAGUCACCGCGGAACUGUACCUACGAGGCGCCUGAUAAUCGACUCAUCAACUCUAUCAUCUUCGUCAGCAGCGCAGGAACGGGAGGAGAAACAGCUUCAGGAGCGAACAUUGCAGAAGCAGAUGUAUUUACAAUCUGGGUCCAACGAGACUGUGAUGAAAGAAUCUCACCAGUAAGAGGUGACGCCGUCGCCAUUUCAUCCAACGGGAACGGCAUCCGGGACUAUCGCAAUAACGAGUAUUGCGACUUCUAUCUAAGCGUGCACCCUUUUGAUCGGAUCCUGCUUGAAUUCAGCGAUUUUGAGCUUGAGGAGGACGAAUGUCUCGCAAAUGACUAUGUUCAGAUAGAGAACACGGAAACGGCCUUUGCACAGACCUUCUGUGGCGUUCAGCACCAGGUGAUGUGGACCACGACUGCAAAUGCCGCCAUCUUGAGGUUCCGAACGGACAGUGUGGUGACGUACAACGGAUGGGGAGCUUUGGUGACAGCAGAACGGAGAAAUUUAGAAGAUUGUUCGACCGUCACCGUUAACCCAACCGGCAACGUGACCAAUCCCGAUCACCCGAACUCGCUCCAGGAGUAUCGCUACUACGCCUGUGAAUACAUCGUUCACGCGCACCCGCAAGACAGGGUCAUCUUCUCGUUCUCGUCUUUCAUAUUCCAGACCGAGAAUCCGCCGGAGAUGCAGAUUAAUCCGAGGUCGAGCCAGCAGAACUUCAUCGAGGUGUCCGGUUCUCUCUACCCAUUCUCAUGGACGUCGGACACUAAUGAGCUAGCUCUGAGCUACCACGCCCCUCUUCCUUACCGGACCUACAUCCUCUUCGAGGGCGACUACCGCACCCUCGAAGCUCCUCAGCCGGCCACCUGUCAACAGUUCUUUGACGCUGAUAUUGGAGGCUCUUUCUCAUGGCCAACGGAAUCUCUGUCCACGGGUCUGCAGAAUUGUUACGUGAUCGUGAGGACGGACCCCGACGAGAGUCGCCGCGUUCAGGUUACCUUCCAGAAUCUGAAGAUGCCCCAGUCUGACUGCAAUAGCUACAUCAAUACCCUAGAUACCACCUCAAGACGUAAUGACAUGUACUGCCAGAGGAUACGUAUCCCGUUCGCCUGGACGUCUGAUGCAAAUGAAGUUGUGAUUCAGUUCUUCCAUGGGCCGACUUUUGCCCUCCAUCAGGUCGAGGUCGAAUACAGAAGUAGAGCCAGGGUCAGGCCCGAAGAUGCCCAGGUAUUCACUGAUCUUGCAGGUGGCGCCUUCAGCAGCCCAAACUAUCCCCACCCGUAUGACUCAGAUACCCAGAAGGAGUACCUCUUACAUGCCCCUCCAGAACAUCUUGUCAUCGUGGUCUUCAAAGACUUCUCAAUUGAAGGUGCAAUAGAACCAAGUCAUCUUAAAGAGCGUGUGAAAAGAAAUGGUGAAAGCACCGAGGACCUUGCUGCUCACUUCAAGCACAUGUACAAGAGACAGACCAUAGUGGAGCCACCAACGCCGGAAUGCCGUUACGACUUCGUCAGGGUGGAAGAUGUCUUGGAGAACAGGGAGACCACCUACUGCGGGGACCAGCAGCCGUUUGGGGUGGCUACCCAAGGCAACGAGGCCCUGGUCCUGUUCCAGACCGAUGGGACUGUAGAGAAACGAGGAUUUGAUGCCCUCUAUGCGUUUGAGCCCAGGCCCGCUAUUUCAGAUUGCGGUGACCUGUUUACUGAAGACUUUGGCACCCUACAGUCCCCUGGCUAUCCCAGCUACUACCCCAAUGCAGCGUACUGCCGGACAGUGAUCCAGGUUAAUCCAAAGGACCGCAUCAUUAUCAACUUCCGGUUCUUGAACCUCGAGGAUGAUCUCACUUGCAGCAAGGACUACCUUGAGGUGCGUGAUGUGGUCACUGGUAGGUCAGAGAAAUACUGUGGACGUAGGACUACAGCCUUCACUUGGAGGUCGGACACUAACCUGGUCUUCUUGACGUUUGUCAGCGACAACGCUAACAGCGCUCCCGGAUACGACGCGACUUACAACACGGAGGACCGGUCAGACGAACCAACCUGCGUACACAACAUCACUGCAACCUCUGGUACCAUCCACUCACCGAGGUUCCCCCGUGACUACGCCAACCAACUCAAGUGUGAGUUCAACAUCACGGUGGACGAAGGCUACGGCAUACAGCUAUCCUUCAAGGAAUUCGAACUGGAGCCCCCCGCCCCGGGGAGCACGCAGUGCGUGUAUGAUUACCUACAGAUUAUCGACCCGACGACGGUCAACGCGCAGACGGCCGAGAAACUGUGCGGCUCGAAGAAUCCCUUUGAAAGACAGAUCUUGUUCCAUCAGCUCAGUCUGAUCUUCGUCAGUGAUUUUAUCACAUUCUACAAAGGAUUCCUUGUGGAUUUCCAGCAGAUCUCAACUGGUCAAAAUAUAGAAAGUUGCAACGAGGAGCUGACUGGUCCGGCGGGAUACUUCUCCAGCCCCGGUUACCCUGGCAACUACCCCGACAAUGCCUUCUGCGUCAUCCUCAUCACGGUUGCCGAGGGUUACUAUGUCGUUAUCACGUUCAAUGAUUUCAACACAGAGGGCUACACAGGAUGCCCAUACGAUUACGUUCUGGUGGAAGAUGUAAAUUCGGGUCUCAGCAAAAGAUUCUGCGGGCGCAAGUACCCUUUCUCGUGGACCUCGGAAAGCAACGUCGUCUCGGUGACCUUCAAGAGCGAUGAUAGGACGCCCUCGUCUGGUUUCUACGCAGGAUACGAAUCAAAGCCGAAUGUCGUCCCUAUCAUUGUCCCUGUGACAGGUUGCGAAUCCUACUAUGGCGUCACUGAAAUCAACGGCGAUUCGGGAACCGUCCAGUCACCCGACUAUCCCAGCUUCUAUCCCCUCGACGUUGAUUGCUUUGUCCGAUUCACAACAAAACAAGGUUCCCGAUGCGAGGUCAGUUUUAUCGUUUUCAACCUGGAAGACUCGAGCACGUGCCAGUAUGACUUUGUCAAGGUGACGAGCGUCCCAGACGGAGCAACCAAGAAGUUCUGCGGGUCGCUUGCACCCUUCAAGUGGAUCUCCAACUCUGCCACAUGCGAGAUACAUUUCCACAGCGACUCUUACGUCAGAGCAUCAGGAUACCAUGCCGAAGUCGCAGCCGUUCCUUCCUAUAUUGAAAAUCCGCAAGUACCCUACAACCCCUACCAGCCUUAUAACCAACCAAAUGCACCCCCAGGCCCUUAUCAGCCACCAAAUCAACCUACGCCAUAUCAACCACCGAAUGCACCUCCUGCACCUUAUCAACCACCGAAUGCACCUCCUGCACCAUACCAACCACCAAAUGAACCUCCUGCGCCAUAUCAACCACCGAAUGCACCUUCAGCGCCAUAUCAACCACCGAAUGCACCUCCAGAACCAUACCAACCACCAAAUGAACCUCCUGCACCUUAUCAACCACCAAAUGCACCUCCUGCGCCAUAUCAACCACCAAAUGAGCCUCCACCAUAUCAACCACCAAAUGUGCCUCCUUUGCCAUAUCAACCACCAAAUGAGCCUCCUGCACCUUAUCAACCACCGAAUGCACCUCCUGCGCCAUAUCAACCACCGAAUACACCUCCAGAACCAUACCAACCACCAAAUGAACCUCCACCAUAUCAACCACCAAAUGACCCUCCUACACCAUAUCAACCACCAAAUGAGCCUCCUGCACCAUAUCAACCACCAAAUGAGCCUCCUGCACCAUACCAACCACCGAAUGCACCUCCUGCACCAUAUCAACCACCGAAUGAGCCUCCACCAUACCAACCACCAAAUGAGCCUCCUGCGCCAUAUCAACCACCGAAUACACCUGCGCCAUAUCAACCACCAAAUGUGCCUCCUGUGCCUUAUCAACCACCGAAUGAGCCUCCUGCACCAUAUCAACCACCAAAUGAACCUCCUGCACCAUAUAAACCACCGAAUGAACCUCCUGCACCAUAUCAACCACCGAAUGAACCUCCUGCACCAUAUCAACCACCGAAUGAGCCUCCACCGUAUCAACCACCAAAUGUGCCUCCUGCGCCAUAUCAACCACCAAACGAGCCUCCACCGUAUCAACCACCGAAUGCACCUCCUGCGCCAUAUCAACCACCAAACGAGCCUCCACCUUAUCAACCACCGAAUGCACCUCCUGCGCCAUAUCAACCACCAAACGAGCCUCCACCGUAUCAACCACCGAAUGCACCUCCUGCGCCAUAUCAACCACCAAACGAGCCUCCACCUUAUCAACCACCUAAUGCACCUCCUGCGCCAUAUCAACCACCAAACGAGCCUCCACCUUAUCAACCACCGAAUGCACCUCCUGCGCCAUAUCAACCACCAAACGAGCCUCCACCGUAUCAACCACCGAAUGCACCUCCUGCGCCAUAUCAACCACCAAACGAGCCUCCACCUUAUCAACCACCGAAUGCACCUCCUGCGCCAUAUCAACCACCAAACGAGCCUCCACCUUAUCAACCACCUAAUGCACCUCCUGCGCCAUAUCAACCACCAAACGAGCCUCCACCGUAUCAACCACCGAAUGCCCCUCCUGCGCCAUACCAGCCACCGAAUGAGCCUCCUGCGCCAUACCAGCCACCGAAUGAACCGCCUACACCAGCCACGAAAUGCGUCCAAAGCCUCCAAGCUCAGAGAGGGGUGCAAGGCUCCUUUGCCUCCCCCGGCUGGCCAGGCAGGUACCCUCUCAUGGUGCAGUGCUCCACCACCAUCACAGCCAGUGGCAGCGGCAGGAUAAGGAUCAUCUUCAGUCCCUUCGAGCUCGAGGGCGAGAAUUGCCAAUUUGACUAUGUGCAGAUAUCGGAGCCCUUACUGCCCGACCCACCUGAGAAACACUGUGGCACGAAAUCUCAGCUUGUCUUUGAGAGCAAGUCUGGACUUGUCGACGUAACUUUCAUCAGCGAUGCGUACGUGACCAAGCAGGGUUUCCUCGCAACAUUCACGCAAUUCUAGACCUCCUUAUCGUCGUGUCGGUGCAGGAAUUUACUUUACUCCACAAAUGUGUUCAUUGCUCAGGGCAUCUUGGGCAAUGCACUUAAGAUGUUCUUACACAGAUGCGAUGCAAUCAUAUCCAUACUUUGUGUGUAUUGCAGCUGAUUUGCCUAGCUAUCCGUGAAUAGUGUGACUUUCUGCGAGAGAUUAUCUUUUUUUCUUUUAUAGAUAACAUUUGUUAUGAAAUAGCAAUUUCCUUGCAACGUGAUCCAGCAUGGCUGUCUUUGAUAGUAAACUGUUUGUGAUAUUAUCGAUUAUAUAUCGAUUAGUUGACUUCAUUCAUUUUUUUUUACGUAGACAAUGCGAUUUUUAUUAUACUACAUGCAGGCUUGACUACAUGUAGAAUUGUAGAAUAUUGUUUAUCAAACGGAAAAGAAUGUUACUCUUUUAUUAGAUACGUUAUUGUUUUUAUAUGUGUAUAAAUUACUACAGUGUAUACUUGUGUCUUUUGUUGGCAUCAAUGAUGAACAGGAUCAAAGGCCUUGCGUGAGGGUCAUCUUGAAGGCAGUACAGCAACAAACUCGAGCUUGGUGAUUUGAAUUCAUAAACUUGAUGGUUGGGGAAAUUUUAUGGUUCAUAUGUGAGCAAAUAUAUUACAUUCAACAGCUUGUUUAAAAUUUGAAGUCGCAUAAUUGUGGGUGAUUGUCAGAUGUUUUCAAUAUUCACACCAUAAUACUGCUGUAAUGUGAGAAGUAUCCUUUAUCUUUUAUUCUAGCUUUUUAUGUGAAGGUGAAAAAAAUUCCUUUCCUCAAAAGCAGCAUUAUGCCAAAAUUUGAACGUAAGUUUUAUAUUUGUGAUACAUUUACCUGAUUAUUCUCUUGCUAUGUAUCUGUUUUUAAUUUAUGCCACAAAAGUGAAAUUUAAUUUCAUCUUGUUGCAAUUCUCUUUUUCUCGAUGCCAUUCAUUCCUGCAUGUAUGUUUGGAUCUUUUUCUUUCUUUUUUUAUUUGGAAUUUGAAUUAAUCGGCAAUGAUAUUCAAUAUUUUUUAUUGACGUACCUAGUUCAAUGUUGUGUAACAACGAAUGACGUUAGUGGGGUCAAUAAAUAGCAUAAAAUGCAGAUUGCCACUGA